CUGGGAUCAUUUCACGCUGUGCCAUUGUCUUGAUUUCUGGGGCUGAACUCUCCAGGUGUGUCACUACCUGUGUUGCUGGAGGAAUGCUCACAGGUGUGGAGACAAAGAGCUUGAGCUACUGAGGACCCGUCCCUCAGCCGGGAAGAAUUUUGAUGCCCAGUAGAAACACCCCCCUGAAGAAGCCAGACGCUGUAGCUGUGAAGUCAAGUCUGUGAAGGACCAGCAUGGGAAUUUUAUACUCUGAGCCCAUCUGCCAGGCCGCCUACCAGAAUGACUUCGGUCAGGUGUGGCGUUGGGUGAGGGAAGACAGCAGCUAUGUCAACGUCCAAGAUGGCUUCAAUGGAGACACUCCGCUCAUCUGUGCCUGCCGGAGAGGGAACCUGAAGAUCGCUUCCUUCCUGCUACGGAGAAAUGCUGACGCCAAUCUCAAAAACCAGAAAGAGAGGACCUGCUUGCAUUAUGCUGUGAUGAAAAAAUUUACCUUCUUUGAUUAUCUACUCAUCAUACUCUUAAUGCCUGUCCUACUCAUUGGCUACUUCCUUAUGGUAUCAAAGACAAAACAGAAUGAAACUCUUGUCCGGAUGCUCCUUGAUGCUGGUGUUGAUGUCAAUGCAGCUGACUGUUAUGGCUACACUGCCUUACAUUACGCCUGUGAAAUGAAAAACCAGAAUCUGAUCCCUCUGCUCCUCGAAGCCCAUGCUGACCCCAUGAUACGCAGUAAGCAUGGUGAGAGUUCCCUGGAUAUCGCGCGAAGACUAAACUUUCUCCAGAUUGAGUCAAUGCUAAAGAAAGGAUCAUAAUCUUUGUGGCCUGAAAUGGAGGACUGGGGGAAAAGGAAGAACUGGUCUCUGCCUCCAUCCUGGACUCUUGCUUUGUGAGGUGCUCAGCCUGGGAGCCAUCGCUUUUUGGGGGGGUAGUGAUGGCUGCUGUGGGAUGUGCUUAGUAAGAGCUCUGUAUUUAUUGUUCUUGCUUGGUGGCGUCCCCUACACUCCUUUCUAAGGGAAGUUCUAAAGCUGUCGGAGUUCCUGCUUCUCUCCCAAGGUCAUGUUCUAAAUCCAGUCCCUCGGGAAGAAAGGGAUCUAGCGUAUCUGAGAACGUCCCUUCUCUAAGAACAGGCCUCUUGUCUAUGCGUGUCUUAAAAGACAAAUCCCCUCUCAGAGCCCAACUAGCAGUAAGAGUCAGAAAAUAUGUACAUUUCUUUCUUUUUUUUAAAUCCCUUUUUAAAAGUGCAUAUUAGCACUGUUCCCGCCACCAAAGGCCCAUGUCCCUACCCACCCCCCAGCCCUCAGAGUGAAGCUGGGCAUCUACCCUCACCCUCCUCCCGGAGUUUAUUACUUUGCUGCCCUACUCCAAACUCAGUGAGAUCCUGCUCUGCUUUUCCCCUUUCAGUUCUUCUUUCUCAACUUCUGUUCAUGAGUGAGAUCCUAAAUAUCGAUAUUUCUAUCUAAACUUAUGUGUGUGUGUGGGGGUAGUCUUCCAUAUGUAAACAUCCCCUUGGUAUAACGACUUGAACAAAGUCAUCAGUUGUCAGCUGUGGCAGUGUUUACACCACAGAAGUUGAUGAGUGCUAAAAAUUAGGUGUUUUUUUGGGGGGGAUCCUUUUACCAUUAUGCCUCUAAGUAUUUUGCAUCAGUUUAGAAAUAAAAGCCAUCUUGAUUUUGAACAAGAUUGUAUAAUUAAUACUUAUCAAGGUGUUAAAAUAUCUAUUAUUCUUUUGUGAAUUAUAAACUUGUUCUGUUUAUUCUUACGGAUAAAAUUUAAAAUAUGGUUGCACAGUUUUGGCAUGAAGGGAUUAUUUACAAGAGAUAGAGCUAUGAAAUGGAAUCUUCUGGUUGGGAUUAUACAGCUAGACAAGAAAUUGAAUUUCAAUAUCUGUGUCGGGAUUAUACAUCUAGACGAGAAACUGAAUUUCAAUAUCUGUCUUGAGUUUUUUUGGUCAGUGAGACAAAGGAGAAAUUUUCAAAGCAAGACUAAGUUGUGAAUAAUUUUAGACAUGAACUAAGCUUCGCCAUUUAUGAUGACAAAUCUAGUAUGAAAAUAAAGAUUUACCAUCUUCAGUCAAAGAAAAUGUUCUAAUUAAAAUCAGUACUUAUUGAACUAUGCACAGGGUCUUAAGAAAUGUAUUGUGUGAGGGAAAUGGUAAUUUUUAGAUAUAGAUUCAGAAACUCAUAGGGCCAGGUGCUGGUGCACCUGGUUAAGUGCUUACAUCACAGUGCACUAGGACCUGGGUUCAAGCCCCUGGUCCCCACCGGCAGGGGGAAAGUUUCGUGAGUGGUGAAGCAGGGCUACAGGUGUCUCUCUCUCUCUCCCCACCUCAAUUUAUCUCUGUAUAUAUAGAAACUAAAUAAAUAAUAAUAGAUUCAGAAACUCUUAAAUCUUGCUUAAUGUACUUGAAAUAAAUUCACACUGAAAUAAGUUACCUGGUAACCAGGAAGGACAGAAAAAUAAAUAACUUUACACACCAGGAUGGCUUUCCUUUGGUUUAAGAAUUCUGCACAAUCUGACCCUCAUUUCUGUGACAUGUAGCAUGUAGCUGUCACUCUGGAAAUCAUUGGAGAACUGAAUAUAUUUUUAACGUGACAA